AUGCUUCUCGAAGAGGAUCCAGCAACUCUCAUCCACCACACGAUCCAAAACUUCAACAUCGGCCCGGACAAGGUCGCCGUGGCCCGCAUAAACGACUCCCUCUCGACCCUGCAGCAGGCGCGCGACCUGCAGCGGCAGGAGGCCGACUCGGCGCUCAGGAAGCUCGCGCGGCAGCUGGGCACCCUGCAGGCGCAGCACAGCGAGCUCGUGUCGGCCCACUCGCCCGCCGAGCACGCGUCCGAGAUCUCGCGGCUCGACACGCAGAAGUUCCGCACCGCAAAGGCCGCCUCCGACCUCGAGAUGGAGACGGAGCGCCUCGCGGGCCAGCUGGCGGACCUGGGCGCGCGCCUGCAGGAGCUGGAGCUGCAGGGCGUCGAGGGCCGCGGCGGGGACGGUGGCAGCCGUGAUGCCGUCGAGGACGAGGUCCUGCUGCGGCUUAGGGUGUAUCGUAGCUUGGGCAUCGAUGUCGAGCGGGAUGAGCGGGAUGGGGAGUUUGCGCGCGCUGUGGUGCGGAACGAUCGCAAGGGGGAUGUGCAUGUUGUCAAUUUGGACAAGAAGUUCUCGCGGUUCUUUUAUGCCAACUAUUUCUGGCAGACUUUGUGA